AUGCCGUCCAUCUGCCGCGGCUUCUCCGAUGCACUGCCGUGCCUCUUCUCGGCCACCCAGCCUGGGAUGCCAGCACGAGGAAACCCCACAAAGGAGAACCAGUGCGUCUUCUGCAAUGAGGACUGGAUGGAGGAAGCCUGCCGAACACCGCGUGGACGCCACAACAUCACGCGUUCGCUGAAAACUUUCCGGGCGCACUACGAGGAGCGCAGCUUCGUCUACAACACGGCCAUGAUGCGGGUCCCGGAGGAGUGGCACGGCACGUUCCAUGAACCGGCUUUGCAGGGGCGUCGCGGACCAGCUCGGAAGCCGCGCUCCCGGCCCCGCAGCCAAGCGAUGUGGCUCCCAAUGAUUGCGGCCUACCUGCCCCGACGACUUCGGACCGGGCCAAGUUUGUGGAGUUGUGGUGCAAACUCGGGUCGUGGGGCAUUUGCGAGAAGUGCCGUUCCCUGCAGCCACAUCCCACAGCCCUUGCGGAAGCUCAACAGCAAGCUCAUCGAGGCCCUCCGCCCCUUGGACAUCGAUGUGGGACCCCACAAACAGGCCGGCAACGUUUACCGCAUCCAUUCGGCCAUGGCGCGGUUCAGCUGGUCCAAGAUCGGGGUCCAGGCGAAGAUCCGUAAGCUGCGGAACCGCAGACAGCGGGAGAAGGCGGAAGCGGCCUAUGACUAUCUCAUGACCGAGGAGGCCGAGAGCUCCUAUCGGGACUUCGUCAAGAAGCACAACAAGUUCCUCCGGAAGUUUCCUGAGGCGACGGACGCCGACCGUCGGCGACCCCUCCAGUUCAUCGAGACUGUCGGUCUGGAGUGCUAUCUGUGGCCAUCGCUGUAUUGGUGCACCGAAAUGUGCGCCCUGAGUGAUGAUGAGGAUGGCGACCAGGCCCUGAUCGACACGCAGCGCCAGUGCGGCUUCCCGGCCCUCUUCAAGACCAUGGCCCCCUGGGAGUACAGCUUUCCCUACCAUGUCUUCGUCCUGGACGAGAUGGAGAAGGGCGGUCGCGGAAGGAUGCAGCUGGCUGGUCUCGAGACGCUCCACACGGCUCACGUCUUCACAGAGCUCAGCCGCGGCCUCUACAGCGGACUGAACAAGACCGCGGCCCAGGACGGCUGGAAGGACCACAUCCUGGCGUCCACGGCAGCAGAAGGGAGCAACAAGACCGUGGUCAACUACUUCCAGCGCCUCGAGUUCCAGGAUGGCAAGCGCAAGCUGCCCACCCAAGAUUACUACGGCAGUGGGCGGGUCCACGUGCACAGCCUGGACUACUUGCAGAACGUUGAGGAGAUCGGCCUGGAGCACAAGAUGUCCGCCACGGCGCCUGAUGCAGAGGAGCAGCCAGCACUGCGAGGCUACAUGCUAGGCCGGCCUCAUGGUCGCAGUGACAGCGGCUGGCCGGUGAAGGGUGGCGAGUCCCGGUAUGACCCAGAGGACAAGAUCGUGAGGUUGCACCACACUGAGGAGGACAAGGCCUCGGCUUUCUCCGUGGCCCGCAGGGUGCUGUUCGAUUACCAGCCUGCCGAACCGGAGAUGUGGCUCUACCUCUGCGCGCAGCAGACGCCGCCUUGCCGCUACGGUGGCACCAUGGUACCGUUCAUCGCGCCGUGGUCCGGUAUGGAGACACGGCCGCAGGUGGUGAAGGCCUACGAGGACUCGGAAUGGCGCCGCGAGGACAUGAGUCUCCUGGAGUUCUGCCGCAAGACCAACAAGGACGGUCGCAUCGCCCAGCGGGUGGUCAAGCUCCACAAGGCAGCGGGGGACGUGCAGCCCGCGGACGACGAGGCUACGAAGCUCCGAAAGCUACACGACUUCGCGAACAGCUGCACGAUGAGCGGCGAGAAGCUGAUGGCCUGCGACAUGCUCUCGCUCUUCAACGACAGGUGGUUCGGGCAGUGGUUGGCUUUGCGACAGCCGUUCCGGUGCCUCGACGACCUCAUGCUGCCAGAAGUACGGGAGAAGGUGUCGCCACAGUACGUUCACUUCGCCAAUGCAGUUUUGCAGUGCCCGGAGUUCUGGCAGGACGAGGUGUUGGCACAGCGGGCAUUGGUCGAGAAAUUCCUCAGCGGCGAGCUCGCGAAGGAGGACACUGAUGGCGCGCAAGAGGCACUGCGUGAGGUGGGCCUGCUCCCGGAAGAGGAGGAUCCCAUGUUCAAGGACAUCCGGUUCAACGAGCGGCAAGAGCGACUGGAGAAGGGCAUCUGCAAGCUGCUGGACAGGGCCAAGGAUUCGGUAGAAGUAAUGGACUGCCUGACGCAGUACGAUAUGAUCGCGGUCGACGCGAUCUCCCAGCUCUCCCAGAAGGACUGUGAUUUCUGGCAGCUCCCAGGCGUGCAGCCCUCCAAAGCCACUGACAGCCCGAAGUGGCACAUGGUGCAUCAGAUCGAGCUCCACGACAUGUGGCGCUGCAAGGACGAAACCUUGCGCCAGAAGCUGGUCGCGCUGCGAGCCGCGAUGCCCAGGAAGGAGCUUCUGAAGCGCAUUUGCCUUCGCCACAAGGUACCCCACACCACGGUUGCCACUUGUACGAAGAGAAGGGCCGCCCACGUCAACGACCUCUCCAUCUGGGUGCUCUUCACGACCCAGCGCAAGCGGCGGCUGGCCAAGCUCAAGGUGGACUGGGAGUCGAAUGCGGACAACUACGACGAGAAGAACAAGUUGAUCGCAG